CAAACACAAUCAUUUCUCAGUAAAGAUGAUGCCCACAUUGACUUCCAACUAAUGGAAUAGCCCACCCCCUCACCUUUAAAUCUGCCAUCUCAAGCAGAAAAAAAGAGUUUCUAUCCCUAACAGGAUUAGCGAGACAAAGUGCAAGCCAAAUCAGAAAAAACAAUCCAGGGUCUAUUAUGUUGUGGAAUAACAGAAUGGCUAAUACAAUGAUGAUGCUAUUAAAUCCACUUCAGUCAGUCUGACAGCAUCAGCUGUGAUUAGUGUUUUGGCAAGAUGGACUUUCAUUGGCACGAGUAGAUGUUGCAUUUUCCAUUGGCGCAUUGGUUCUCAUUCGCCUUAGGAAUUUCUGUGGAACAACAAUCUCGAAUAAACUUAGGCCUAUCCGUUUCUGUUAGUAUAUGUUUUGAAAACCUAUGCAGGCAAAGAAAAGUGAUUGAGCUACAAAUAUGAAAAUCCAGUCAUACCAACAGUCAGCACAGAGACAGUUGUCAAAGUGACCAUGUGUUAGCCUACCUCCUCUGUGUCCAGCCGAGCUGGUUCACGUGAAGCAAGAGUCAGGGUUGAAGGAUUGAGCCAGGGAUUGUUUAGGGAUUAGUCAAUAGGAGCUUCACGGCAGAAAUUAAACAAGGGACACCAUAGCAAUGGGGUCACAUGAUACCAGGGGCAAUAAGAAAGCAUAGAGUCACUGAGACUAUAAUCCAAGAACAACAUGCCAGCCCUGACGCCAGACAGAUGCCCAGUUGCUCUCGCUCUCUCGUUCUCUCGCUCUCACUCCCACUCAAUCGCUCUCGUUCUCUCUCUAAUUCACCCAGCUGAAUACAGUUUCAUUCCAGAAAGAACCUAACCGGUGUUCUGUCACACAGCAGCUGUUGAGCAGCCCCUGGCCUAGCUAGAUGUAUGUGUAUGUACGGACUUGACCGUCUUGCUGAGUGUUUGUGUUUGUGUUUAUUGGGACUGGGGGUUAAGACCCUCCUCUUAUAGGGCUAGUGUUUUUGCGGACGAGGGAUUUGAGACCCUCAUCACGUCACUCUGAGAGGGUUGUCUGUGUGUGUGUGUGGAGAGGGGUUAUUCUGUGUGUGCGCGUGGGACCUAGCUCCAAGCUGGCGGAGGGCGAGGACUAUGAUUGCUGGGAUCAGAUGAUCCAUCUUCAGCUGACCAGCUCAGGGGACUGGCCGGCACCCUGUGACUCCCAGCGGGUGGAGAUGCCCAGGAGAGAGAUGGAGGUGGUGAAGGGUCAGGUGGUAGUCCUACAGGCCUGGUACAGCCCCACAUCUGAUAUCGGCAGGAACAGUGUCAUCUGGAACUUCAUGGCCAACGACUCCAAGCAGGUCAUCUCCUACAGUAAUGGUGAGCCAGGGAUAGGUAGUCCUGAGUUCAGGAAGCGUGUUGGGUUCAGCCUGUCCAUGCCCUCGGCCAAUCUCUCCAUCUACAUCAACAACACCCAGGAGUCAGACUCAGGACGAUACCUCUGCAAUGUCAUCAUCCCUGGAGCCGCCGGACUCUCUGGAGAAAUGCGCCUUAAUGUCAAAGUCCCUCCCUCGCCUCCAGUGUGCUUGAUGACUGGGUCAUCUGUGCUGAACGGCAACGUGACACUGAGCUGUAAGUCCAGCUCGGGCAAACCCAUCCCUCAGUACAAGUGGACCAAGAAUGCCCCCAUGUCAGAGGUCUUCUUUUCCCCCAUGCAGAAAUGGAGAGCCUGCCCCUCGACCUUGCUUGUUCUAGGGUUCAUGGAUGAGAGGCAAGGCACCCUUAGGCUGAGUAACCUCACUAAGAGCAUGUCAGGGAAAUAUGUGUGCCGAGCUAGCAACACUGCCGGCUCUGACACUUGCUCUAUCAACCUGGAGGUCUUCACCUCCUCUAAUGCUGGAGCGAUUGUUGCUGCUACUCUGGGGUCCAUCGUGGCACUGGUAGCCAUCAUACUCUUCCUCAUCUUCAUACUGAGGAGGAGAGACCAUGAAGAGGAGGAGCUAGCCAAUGAUAUCAAGGAGGAUGCCCAGGCACCCAAGCGUGUUUCCUGGGCAAAGAGCGGCACAGGCUCAGACCUCCUCUCCAAAAAUGGCACGCUGUCUUCCAUAGCCACGACCCCACAUCUACGAGACCCCCAGCAGCCCAACAACUUCCGCUACCCCUACAACACUGCUCCGGCCUCUGACACAGGCUCUGUGUUCAAUGCCUACCGCCUUCGGCCUGGAGAGCCCAACCCCUUGCAGGGCCUCCCAGGAUACAUCAGUGGCACACCUCCACCCAGGCACACCAGACCCCUCUGUGUUGCAAACAACAUUGAUGCCACCUCUCCACACAGGCACAGUCGACCCCCCAGUUCUAACCACAUCAGUGGGACUCUACCCCCUGGCCACACCCGGCCCCUCAGCACUAGUAUCAUUGUUGACACCCCUCCCCAUGGGUUCAGUCAACCCCCAGUCCUAACCAUGUUGGUGUCACCUCUCCACAUGGGCACAGCAGACCCCUAGCUCUAACAACAUUGGUACCCCCUCCCCACAUGGGAACAGUCAACCCCCAAGUUCUAACAAUAUCGGUGCCCCCUCUCCACAUGGGCACAGCAGACCACCAAGCUCGAACCACAUUGGCGGUAGCGCUCCACACAGGCACAGUCGACCUCCCAGUUCCAACCACAGCCGACCUCCCAGCAUCAGUAGCAUUCCUCACUAUGGACACAGCAGAACCUCCAGUUCCAACGGUGCCCCACCCCAUUCCCCACCUGGCCACAUGGUCACAGACCCCGACAAGACUGAGGGGGCCCAGCCCCAGGUGCCACACCCUCUCACCUCACCAAUCAGCUCCACCACCCUGGCCCGUAUAGGUGCUGUGCCCACUCAGAGCCAGGCUGGAUCACUGGUAUAGCCCACUGGAGUGUUUGACAUUUGAACACAAACUGAAGCAAAUGCAUAAAGACUUCCUCAAAGUAAGACUGUAUAGAGGAGAGAAGGAUUUGCUACAAAUUAAAAUCACUUUUUAUUGCAGUUGUUCAAAGUAGAAUGAAGAACUCAUGCUAAAGAAGACAAAUGAGAAAUUAUGACACUUGUGGAAUCGACUGUAUUCAAGUCUGCACAAGUUCAAAGACUUGUUUUAGCUGUUUUCAAAUACCAUGAUCAGAGUCUUUAAGGUUAAAACAAGGCCUAUUCUCUAAAACAUUGUUUGUGAAUCCAUAUAUUUGACUUAGUCGUGGCCAAAAGUUUUGAGAAUGACACAUAUUAAUUUCCUGCUUCAGUGUCUUUAGAUAUUUUUGUCAGAUGUUACUAUGGAAUACUGAGGUAUAAUUACAAGCAUU